CCGUUUCUUGAAACAAUGAAUAAGGAAACGUCAAUAAAAAUAUUUCUAUUUUUGGUUUUUGUCAUGCAACUAUAAGCGAGGACACCGGACAAGAAAUUCGUAACGCUUCCACUAUGCCGAUGGGUGUGCUCGGUGGAAAAUUACGAAAACGAUUUCGUUGUGAGGAUUUUUCUUAUGCAAGCAACGUGUCUAUCGAUGUGAAUGUACUGGACGUUAUUUUAAAGUAAGGCAAUGCGAAUCCCUUCGUAACGAAGAUUCGAUGAUCAUUUUCAUUGGAAGAUCUUAGCUCACAGAUUAUUCUACGUACACCACAUCGCGGUGCCAUUGUUUUUAAACCGUCGGUAACGAAGGCGUUAUACAGCUCGGAGGACUAUGUGCAAUACGUUGCUAACCAGUACUAUAAUUGUUGCCUUCUUAGUAGCUGUAACUGAAGCACAGGAUUUUGCAGGCUCGGACUUCGUAUGGAAAGACAGCCUAAAAGAAUUGCUCACGGUAUACAAUCACAGUGCGGACGAAGAUAUCGAUCACGCAAUUGAUGAACACUGGGAAAGUGUGAAGCUUUUUGCAUCCACUGUUAGGCCAAACUUAACGGCGGAACAGCUAGAGGAAGGUAUUUUUCUUGAGCGUACCAUUGAAAGUAGAGUAGCAAUAAGUACAGAGUUGGACACGUGCAUCUCGAGUCAAUUGGCAGCUAAGCCAAUAGCCGCCAUAUCCGUUCACGACAAAAUCAAAAAGAAGAUUCUCAAUAAUAGACGCUUCAGUCAAAUAGAAAUUUUGCGGUUUUGCCCAAAUACGCGGGCAAACUGCACAAACAUCGCUGCUAUAGGAAAUCAGCAGUCUGCACGCAGUCGUUGGCUGGAAGAAAACUCAUAGCUUUGAAUCCUGUCACCAAGAAAGUAGAAGUAGAUAUUUUCUGGCUACCUUCAGGAUGUUCGUGUGUGGUCAAGUCCCCAAUAUGAGCUUGUAAAAAAACAAAUAAAUCCGUAUGCUGUAGUUCUUUUCAUAUUCAUUGGGAAAGCUCUUUAUUGCAAGAAAUAGUUA